AAGUCACUUUUAAUACAAAUAAACCAACCACUGUGUUAACAUCAAGACAAAAGUGAAAAUGGAGGAAGAAAAACAAAAGAAAGAAGGAAGAGAUAAGUAUGAGCCACAGGAGCAGCAUCAACCACCGUAUAUCUCGCAGAUGCAGCCGGUGACGCACGAGGCUUACGGAGGUGGCCUUUACGGUAAGGACGAUGAGAAAGAGGUUACAGAUAGAGAGAAAGAGCCACUGCAACAUAAACCACCGGCCAGUGAGACACAGAGCGCAGAUGGGCCUGAUGAGGUAAAGACGUUGACGCCGAAACAUAAGCAACCAGCUUCGUCCGGCGAUAGAGACGUUGACAUCACUGGCCAGUCUUACAUUCAGUGAAGUAGUUCUAGUUUUUCCUUGUGUUGUAAUGUUCUUACUAGUUUCUUUAAUGGUCUUUUACUUGAUGAUU